AUGAUGGCUGCAGAGCUGCCGAGAGUAACCACCCCCCUGAGCCCCUUGGUCCAGGUGCCUCAAGAGGAAGACGAACAGGAGGAGGUCACUACCAUGAUCCUGGAGGACGACUCUUGGGUGCAGGAAGCUGUAUUGCAGGAGGAUGGCCCCGAGUCGGAGCCCUUUCCCCAGAGUGCUGGCAAGGGUAGCCCCCACGGGGAGGCCGCUGGAGGGCCACAGGGUGCACUUGGCCGCCUCCGAGAGCUCUGUCGGCGCUGGCUGAGGCCGGAAGUGCACACCAAGGAACAGAUGCUGACCGUGCUACCAAGGGAAAUUCAAGCCUGGCUGCAAGAGCAUCGUCCUGAAAGCAGCGAGGAGGCCGUGGCCCUGGUGGAGGACUUGACCCAGACCCUUCGGGACGGCGAUUUCGAGAUCCAGAGCGACAAUGGGGAGAACUCUAAUCAGGAUCUAUUUGAGGAUGUCGAAUCACAUGAGAUGUUCUCAGAAAUGCCCGAAGGGGAAGGCAUUCCGCAGUCCGACUGGGAAAGUGACUCUGAGAGAGACUGUGGCUCCAGGGGGCCCCAGGGGAACGCCCCGCGUGGGGACCACAGGGAGGUGCCCUCCCAGGGUAGGGAAGUGGGGCAGCUCAUCGGCCUUCAGGGCACCUACCUGGGUGAGAAGCCCUACGAGUGUACCCAGUGUGGGAAAACCUUCAGCCGGAAAUCCCACCUCAUCACCCACGAGCGGACCCACACGGGAGAGAAGUACUACAAAUGCAACGAAUGCGGGAAAAGCUUUAGCGAUGGUUCCAACUUCAGCAGACACCAAACCACCCACACGGGAGAGAAACCUUACAAAUGCCGAGACUGUGGGAAGAGCUUUAGCCGGAGCGCAAACCUCAUCACCCACCAGAGGAUCCACACGGGAGAAAAGCCCUUCCAGUGCGCCGAGUGCGGCAAGAGCUUCAGCAGGAGCCCCAAUCUCAUUGCCCACCAGCGAACCCACACGGGCGAGAAGCCCUACUCGUGCCCCGAGUGUGGGAAGAGCUUCGGCAACCGGUCCAGCCUUAACACGCACCAGGGCAUCCACACGGGCGAGAAGCCGUACGAGUGCAAGGAGUGCGGGGAGAGCUUCAGCUACAACUCCAACCUGAUCCGCCACCAGCGCAUCCACACGGGCGAGAAGCCCUACCGGUGUGCCGAGUGCGGGCAGAGGUUCAGCCAGAGCUCGGCGCUCAUCACGCACCGGCGCACGCACACGGGCGAGAAGCCCUACCAGUGCGCCGAGUGCGGCAAAAGCUUCAGCCGCAGCUCCAACCUGGCCACGCAUCGCCGCACGCACCUGCUGGAGAAGCCCUACAAGUGCGGCGAGUGUGGCCGGAGCUUCAGCCAGAGCUCCAGCCUCAUCGCGCACCAGGGCGCGCACACGGGCGAGAAGCCCUACGAGUGCCUGACGUGCGGCGAGAGCUUCAGCUGGAGCUCCAACCUCCUCAAGCACCAGCGAGUGCACACGGGCGAGAAGCCGCACAAGUGCGCCGAGUGCGGCAAGGCCUUCGGCCAGCGCUCGCAGCUCGCCGCGCACCGGCGCACGCACACGGGCGAGAAGCCCUACCAGUGCCUCCUGUGCGGCAAGAGCUUCAGCCGCGGCUCCAUCCUCGUCAUGCACCAGCGCGCGCACCUGGGCGACAAGCCCUACCGCUGCCCCGAGUGCGGCAAGGGCUUCAGCUGGAACUCGGUGCUUAUCGUCCACCAGCGCAUCCACACUGGGGAGAGGCCCUACAAGUGCCCCGAGUGCGGCAAGGGCUUCAGCAACAGCUCCAACUUUAUCACCCACCAGAGAACGCACGCCAAAGACAAAGCGGACUGA